UUCGCCAUGGCUCGCACGAAGCAGACGGCGCGCAAGUCGACCGGCGGCAAGGCCCCGCGCAAGCAGCUGGCCACCAAGGCGGCCCGCAAGAGCGCGCCGGCCACGGGCGGCGUGAAGAAGCCGCACCGCUACCGGCCCGGCACGGUGGCCCUGCGCGAGAUCCGGCGCUACCAGAAGUCCACCGAGCUGCUGAUCCGCAAGCUGCCGUUCCAGCGGCUGGUGCGCGAGAUCGCGCAGGACUUCAAGACCGACCUGCGCUUCCAGAGCUCGGCCGUCAUGGCGCUGCAGGAGGCGUGCGAGGCCUACCUGGUGGGGCUCUUCGAGGACACCAACCUCUGCGCCAUCCACGCCAAGCGCGUCACCAUCAUGCCCAAGGACAUCCAACUGGCGCGCCGCAUCCGCGGCGAGAGGGCGUAAUUUUUUCAUGUCCUGAUUUCUGCCAACUUUAAACCCAAAGGCUCUUUUCAGAGCCCCUCCAUUGUCCCCCAAAGGAGCUGUUCACGUUCGGAAAUUUAAUAGCCCCAUGAAGGCUCGGGUACGUUUCGGGGAAGGGCUGGUAGGCUCGAGAGUUAAACUGCGGAUUGGAGAACGUGGCUCUGUUGAUACGGCGCCUAGGAAGUGUCACUUUCUGGAUGGGCAUUUUUAAAGUGAUACAGACGUUUUAAUAAAUUAAACCUGGAGUGCAGGAGGGGACGGAAGGAAGACGCCCAAGUUGUCGGGAGACUUGUUCAGGCUCCUGUGGAUUAUUGUGCAAAUGGCAACUAAAACUUCUGCCAAAUGAUCCCCGUUUUCACUGCAGAAACGUGCCCCUUACUCUUUUUCCUGUCCUGUGAAAGAACAAAACCGGGAUGGCUAAGUGGGGUUAGCUUUCCCACUCUUUCGGUGUAAUGUAAUGUUUGGCAAGAGUUUGCUGCUCGGCUUUGUGUAUGUAGUUAAGAGCAGAAAAUGGGCCAGCAAUGACCUAGAUGCCGACCUGCAGGUUGUCAGAAUGAGCUGCCCAUAGCUCUAAAAAUCUAAAGUAUUUGCCCACUUGUUUUAAAAACGUUCUCAGUCUGAAGCUGAGUUCUCCCUGUUUCUUGUUUUGUUUUAAAGUAGAGAAUAAGCCUGGGUAUUAAAUCUGAGAUGUCUUAAAGCUGUUAUGUUGCAGGUUUUCACACGUAGAAUUCUGGGUUUCCUAACAGAACUUCGCUGUAUGUAUUGCUUUUCUCUAAUUAUUUUAAGAUUUUGAAAUCUCGUGCUUUUCACAUGUGAACAUUAUUGACUCAUUUUGCUUCUUUUAGCUUCAAAUCCGAACUCCAGGCGUUAGCCAUUUUUCUCUGGAGCUUUCUGCCAUCUGGGUUUUAUAUUCUUUCCCCUGUUUUCAGAUUUGUCCUUUCCGAAAGGUUCUUAUCCCAUCUACUGGCUCCUAAAGCUUUUUGGAAGGCCCAGGGAUUGAGGGCAAAGACCCAAGGGGCCAGAACCUCUUCCUACAGAUUAGUUUAGAGAUCCUUGAGUGGCUCUUGGUUGUAGGGACUACCUGAUGCUGCCUCUUAGGAGCUUCAGAUUGUUUUCUCCCCACCCCUUGCAGGA